AUGUUUUGGUCAGCGUUUCUACAAUGUGACCCGAACUCGGCUUUUUUCGGGUUCAUGGGUAUCACGGCCGCCAUGGUUUUUUCCAACCUUGGAGCGGCUUACGGCACGGCGAAGAGUGGUGUCGGAAUUAGCAGCAUGGGUGUUAUGCGCCCGGAUCUGGUUAUGAGGUCGAUCAUUCCAGUCAUUAUGGCUGGUAUCCUUGGUAUCUACGGUCUCAUUAUCUCCAUCGUCAUCAACGGAUCAAUGGACACCCCUGACACCUACUCGAGCUACGCUGGCUACGGCCAUCUCGCAGCAGGCCUGACUGUCGGACUUAGUGCAAUGGCAGCCGGUUUGGCAAUUGGGAUUGUUGGAGAUGCCGGUGUGCGCGCGAACGCUCAGCAGCCGAAGCUGUUCGUUGGCAUGAUGCUCAUCCUCAUUUUCGCUGAAGCGCUGGGACUUUAUGGUCUUAUUAUCGGGCUCGUCGUCGCUACCAAGAAGGUCGAGGGCUUGUGCACAAGUUACAAGUCGUCCUAA